GGAAGGCAAGCACUGGCAAGACAGGGCUACUUAACAGUUGGCUUUGUUAUUAACACCUCUAAUCAAUUAAUCGAGGAAAGAAGGAAAUCUCUAACCUUCCUCAAUCAAAAAGUUCAUUAUAUUAUCAACCCAGGUUCAAUGAUGAAUCCACGUACGAAAAAAUCUGACCUGAAUCUAUCCUUCCUUGACGAUGAAACUGCAAAUGGAACAAUAAUCAUUGGGCUUGUUUUGAGUGAGUAUGAUGCAAUAAUUUUACAUUGAGUAGUUUUUGGUUACUUCUACCCAUGAAUUACCAAUACGACACUUAUUCAAAAAAGCGUAGCUAACUUUAUUCUUUUCUUUUGCUUCCUUUUGCAUGACAUUUGUAAUAAAAAGUAUUUCUUACCCACGCCUUUUAUAUUAAUAUUUUAUUUUCUAACAUUCUUGACUUGAAAUUAAAGAAAGUUUCAAAUCACCGGAGGAAUUAUGAAACAGCGAAGCAAAAUAUUACUAAUUCCAGUGUCCUUCAAGAUAAGAGUGGUUUGUAACACCCCGCUGUUGACUAUGUCAUUGAUAAGAAUCGUUUUAGAAGCAGUUAAAAGGUUAUUUUCAUUCUGACUUUCAUACGUGCUAGCGCCGAAAUUUUCAAACUAACCUGCAGAGACGACGCCUCUAAUUGAAGAAUGAUCUUCAAUCUUUUUUGGCUCUUUGGUGUCGCAUUUCUGCAUCUGAUUCCCACGCGAAUUUUGUAACUAUCUGCACUUUCCGUCUGUAAGAUCUUACGACAAUAAUUUAUUACUGCCAAAUUAAGGACAACUGUUUUAAUUAAACCAUAUGUAUUUCUCUUAUUAUAUAUACUUCGCAGUUCUUUCGUUCGGAAAUGCUGUAGAAGGUAAGUUAUGCACUCUCGUAAGUCUUUUUGUGCCAGCAGGUGGCUAGAUUAAUUAACCAUAUCUACCACUCAAGAAAUGCAUUAUCACCCCUAUGUCAGAAGUUCAAUUAAAUUUAAAUGAAAAAGAAUUCGAGAGUUUUAAUAUCUCGAACCUCCCAAUGUUAUCUAAAGAAACCUGAUAUUAACCUUUUUCCUCCACAUCUUUGUUUUACAGUAUACAACCGGCUGGCUCUAUAUUGGUCAUUACUUUUAGUUCUAAGAAAAAAUGGCUUUCAAAUAUAGUAUUUCCAUGGCAUAACGGUCGAAAAAUUAUUUCUCAGACUUUGCAAACAGCAUAAAGACAGAAAUUAGAAAAUUUUUCCCGAAGCAAACAAUUAAUUUGAAUAAGAUAUUAAAAUUAAACAAACGACGCGGUUCUUUUCGUAAUCUUAAUGCUGGCACUUCUUGUUUAAAACAUUAAAACCAAAUUGGAGACCUUACAAGGAAUUGAGGUUAAUCCUGUCUGCACACAGCUGUUUCCAAUCGAUCAAAUUGUAACUUAACAAGACAUCAACCAUUUUUUUCCCUCGCUCGCAAUUACAGGACUAUUGGGCACAUAAAGUAUCAGGCUUAAAACUGUUUUCUGGCUUUUGGCGUAAAUUGUUCCAACACAGCAACACUAAACAACAACAGCAAAACCAAGAACAAAAUAAACUCGAACGUUCUAGGGAAAGUAGGUAGGUGCUGAUUGUGAACGCCCUUCUUCGAUCCAAGGUUUUUCUCCGAUUUGUUUUAAAAACGCUUUUAAUUUAGAAACUCUUCCCUUCAGCAGUUGCUAAAUUAUUAAUUCCUUGGCCAAUGUUCUGCAACUUUAUUUGCGGUUUCAUUGUGAACACAGUGGGGUUAUAGGUCUUGCACAGGCAGCUGCCUUGUACACGGACCUCUCCUCUUGAUGAAAAUUUAAGCGCAACGGAAGGCGGGAACGAGAAAACAGGAGAGACUCCUUCCCAUAGUCCCUUACGCCUCGUUACCAGUCACUCGCGUUUCGCGCUCGCCUCUGUGCAGUGCGGAAAACGAAGCGCCCGAGGAAGAGGCUGAUCAGGUAGAUACAGCACAAAGAUUGGCUCACAAACAACAACAACAACAAAAACAAAACAAGAAAAAAGAAAGCCCUGUGUUAAAUUUGAAUGUUACUAAAACGGGGAACUAGCACUGGGGAACGGGAAAAAUGAAAAAUGGGAACAAAACCCUAUUUUAAUGCUAACAUUUCAAUUCCAAUUCUCUUUUUGCUCCCAUUUUUCAUUUUCCCGUUCCUCGUACUCGUUCCCGCUCACCGUUCCCUGUUUUAGUAACAUCCGUUGAAUUUUAUUUGGUUUUUCUGGUUGACAUAGGAGGGUAUUGCUCGUUGCAAUCCGAAGAACUUGAAGAAGGAAACUGUCGAUCACUUGUCAAUGGAACGUCUGGUCCUUAUUACGCCAUGGAAUGUCAU